CCUCUAUCAAAUAUCUUUAUUGUUAUAUCUAUUUUUCUUCUAAUUUUGCAGCUUCACGUUCUGCUUCAGCUGUGUGUUUAGCAAGCUGUAAUUAUACACGUCCUUGCAGUGAAGUGUAUUCAUGCCAAAUAGAUAUUUGUCCAAAUCUCACUGAGGAGGAUUUGCGUGAUAACUGUAAAUGCUAUGUGAAAUGCCGUCAAGAAUUUGAAGAUCUUAACAAAAGAAAAGACAACUGCCUACUUCUUCAGAGAUUAAAAACUUGUUUUGAAGAUGGAGGCUGUGAUGUCUCAAAUGUUCCACAGUUGCAAAAGUUUGCAAAGGAAUGCAACAAUUGUGAACCAAAGCAAUGUAAAGAGGAAGCUUGUGUCGGCAGGUUGGAUUGUUUGACCAACAGUACAAGAGGUGGCUGUACAACUGCAGCUAGUGUGCAAAGCGUAAUGAAUACAACAUCAGAAACUAUGCAUAAUGCUUGGUUUUUACCUGAAAAAUGUGGUAAGUAUUACCUGACAGAAAUGUCCGUCUGAUGUUGAACCAUUGUGCUGUAUGGUGCCU